AUCAGUGCUAUCAAAGGGACAACUAGAACGGUGGCUUCAAAAGUUGGUAAUCUUCAUUGGCCCAGCAGUCUUCAAACCUUUCUCGAAGAGCUGUCCUGAAAAACGGUAGUUGCCACCCAGGAGCACCAGACCUUGGCACGCCACAAUGGCCUCAAUCCUCCAGUGCUGCCCUUUCCUGACCCGGGACCCGACCACCUUCCUGCGCCGAUGUCGGCCCCUGCUGGUCAGCAGUGCCCAGCGCUGCCCUGUGAUGGUGGCCCGAGCCUUCUCUCGUUCUCAUGCUGACCAGCAGCAGGGAAAAGAGACCCAUGGAGAUACUGGAUCCGCCGCGCAGAGGGCACCCCUGCUUCUCCCAUCCACGCAGUGCCCUUUCAUGGAGUCAGAGCGCAAAAGCGGCCAGAAUUCCUUUGUGCAGGAGGCAAAACCUGAGGUCCAGGAAGAUGUCAGGCCUUUCAAGUCAGGCAUGUGGACUUCCCUAGUAAGGGAAGUGCAGUCCAGCCUCAAGAGGAAGUUGCUCGAUUCUGACAAAGCGUCACACCUCAUUCGGGACAACAUGCCAGCAGGGGGCAAAGUGUUUGAGUACGACCAUUUCUUUGAGGCAAAGAUCCAAGCGAAGAAGCAAGAUCACACCUACCGGGUCUUCAAGACCGUGAAUCGAAGGGCUGACGCCUAUCCCUUUGCUGAGGACUAUUCUGGCUCCCAGGUGGAAGCCCGUGAGGUGUCGGUCUGGUGCAGUAAUGACUACCUGGGAAUGAGCCGCCACCCUCGAGUCAUGCAGGCCAUCCGGGAUACUCUGGAUCUUUAUGGAGCUGGGGCUGGAGGCACCAGGAACAUUUCUGGCACCAGUAAGUUCCACGUGGAGCUGGAGCAAGAACUGGCCAGCCUGCACAGCAAAGACGCUGCCCUGCUCUUCUCUUCUUGCUUUGUGGCCAAUGACUCCACCCUCUUCACUUUGGCCCGCAUGAUGCCAGGGUGUGAGAUCUAUUCAGACGCAGGAAACCAUGCCUCCAUGAUUCAGGGCAUCCGAAACAGUGGAGCACCGAAGUAUGUCUUCCGGCAUAAUGACCCCCAACACCUGGAGGAGCUCCUGAGCAAAGCCAAUGCCGACACCCCAAAGAUUGUUGCCUUUGAGACUGUCCAUUCCAUGGAUGGUGCCAUCUGCCCACUGGAGGAAAUGUGUGACGUGGCACAUCGCUAUGGGGCCAUCACUUUCGUGGAUGAGGUUCACGCGGUGGGACUUUACGGGGCCCACGGGGCUGGCAUUGGUGAACGCGACGGAGUGAUGGGCAAGAUAGAUAUCGUCUCUGGCACCCUGGGGAAGGCUUUCGGCUGUGUGGGCGGCUAUGUGGCCAGCACCAAGUCUCUGAUCGACACAGUGCGCUCCUAUGCGGCGGGAUUCAUCUUCACCACCUCCCUGCCCCCCAUGGUGCUGGCCGGGGCCCUGGAAUCGGUCCGGGUCUUGAAGAGCCCCGAGGGGCAGGCUCUGCGCCGCUCCCACCAGCGCAACGUCAAACACAUGCGCCAGCUGUUGAUGGACGCCGGGCUCCCUGUGGUCAGCUGCCCCAGUCACAUCAUCCCCAUACGGGUUGGAGACGCAGCCCUGAAUUCUCACCUCUGUGACCUGCUUCUGGCUGAAUACAACAUCUACGUCCAAGCCAUCAAUUACCCGACUGUGCCUCGGGGGGAGGAGCUGCUGCGGCUGGCCCCCUCGCCCCAUCACACGCCACCCAUGAUGAACUACUUUGUGGAAAAGCUCCUGGCAGCCUGGCAGGAGGUGGGGCUGCCUCUGCAAGCCGCAGUCUCCCCCGAGUGCAACUUCUGCCACCGCCCGCUCCAUUUUGCCCUCAUGAGCGAGUGGGAAAGGGAUUACUUCGGGAACAUGGGGCCCCGCUACAUCACUCUUUGCGCCUGAAGAGCCAGCCUCUGCACACACACACACAGUCUUACAAUAAGGAUGUCAACACUGAUGCUGCCAAAUGGAAAGAGCGUAUCUGAGCGUAAUAAAAAUCUGCCACUUUG